CUUAUAAGCCCCCACUUCCCCUGCAUUUCUUCUACCUUUCUCAAACAACAGUCCCUCCCCCGCUUUUACAAUUUUUUUUUUCAACUCAUCGCUUCUUCACUUCAAAAGCUCUCAAAUUUACUCUGGGAAAAGCGAAAUCAACACGUUGUUAUAGCUAUCGUAAACUAACAUUGAGCACCCGUUUUGGAUUUACAUCAUCGAAGUAGAGCUCGCUCUCUCUGUUUGAUCUCCAGCGCAGAGUUUUGGGAAUUUUGGGAUGUGGGGUCAAUGAUCCUGAAACCGCUUCCGAUUCUGUCUUUUUGGUUCCAUAGGAUUAGCUAUUAAAUUCUACUUCCAGAUUCUAAAAUUCAGUCUCGCUUUUCAAUCUUCUGACCAAAUUUAAUCUGGGAGACAGAGAGCCAAUGCUUAUCAGUAUCAAUGACUGCAGCAAAAAAAAUUGGUAAUUCCAAGAAGGGUGUUGGUGAUGAGACAGAGAAGAUGACAGCUGGACAAGAUUGGGAGAUUGACAGAGGCAAGGAACUUGGUUUUGGGUUCGAGAGGCGGCAAUGGAAGCCAGUUUUUGAUGAAGCUUCCAUGUCACAAAGACCUCUCAAGAAGGUCCGUGGCCCUGAACGUCAAGACCAUGUUCAAACCUCUGCUUCUUUGGCUCAUCAGUCGUCUUCUUUCUCUGCUCCCUCCUCUGUUUCUAUUAGUUCACCUUCUUCUCUAACUCUUUUCCCACCUUGUUCUUCUUCUUCUUCCAAUGCUUCUUUGCCAUCUUCCAGGCUGGCUUUUCCUUUUGCUUGUGAUCCAUCUCAGCAGCCAAUUUACUUUCCUAAACAAUAUGGAAAUACUCCGAUUCUGAUGCCAAUGUUCCGCCCAUUGCCACAAAACCUGCAACACAUGAUUUCCUUUAGUCCUCUGCAGCAAUAUGGUUAUGCUUAUCGGCCAAUUUUCUCUGGAGAAUCACCCCUACCACCUCAGCAGCAGCAACAACUUUUUCAAUACUGGAGUGAUGCAUUGAAUUUGAGUCCAAGAGGGAGGAUGAUGAUGAUGAGCAGAUUAGGGCAGGACAGUAGACAAUCGUUUAGGCCGCCAGGGCAGCCGAUAAAUAGUACCAAGCUUUAUCGAGGCGUGAGGCAGAGACACUGGGGCAAAUGGGUAGCUGAAAUUCGUCUUCCUCGAAACAGGACUCGCCUUUGGCUGGGCACAUUUGACAAUGCUGAAGAUGCUGCCUUAGCCUAUGAUCGCGAGGCAUUCAAGUUGAGAGGAGAGAAUGCAAGGCUCAAUUUCCCCGAGCUUUUCGUCAAUAAGGAUAAAGAUACGUCCACAGCCCCAGGUUCAACUGUUUCCUCUCUACAAACUCCUCACGAAAGUUCAAAGCCAAAUCAGAAUCAGGAUCUCCCAAAACAAGAACUGAAAGGCCUAAAUUUGCAGUAUUCAGAAAUGGAAAUGAUGCCGCCACCAGCACAGCCUCAAGGACAGAAUCCUGACAGUGAUUCAGGAUUGGGGUCCAGUGAGGCUGCAGCCAGUGAUGAGGUGCAGAUGACAGCAGAGGGUUCUGGAGCAGGGGAAAGCGUUUCUGGUUCUCAGGAAUUGGUGUGGGAAGAUAUGGCAGAAGCUUGGUUCAAUGCAAUUCCAGCAGGUUGGGGUCCUGGUAGUCCUGUGUGGGAUGAUUUAGAUACCACAAACAAUCUUCUCUUGCCCUCAAAUCUUCCUUUCGCCAAUCAAAAUCAGCGGGAAUCAGGUGAGACUAAUCUCCGAAAACAACAAGAUAGCUCUGCUUCUUCUUCUUCCGCUUCAUGUCCAAUGAAACCCUUCUUUUGGAGAGAUCAAGAUUGAUAGGUAAGCCAUAGAAUCCAGCUUUUUAGAGGUAAAGCCUUAUAGGAUAGAUCUCUCUGAUUCUACCAUUCUUUUCCUUGUCAUUGUGUGCGUCUUUCUGGUUAGUAUUCUUGCUGAUGAGGUGCUUAGACCACCACCCUUAGAUUUUCUUCACAGGUUGAGAAUUUUUCAGGAAACCAGCCUCUGACUUCCACUCUCCUUAUGUCCCCUAGGUUUAUGAGAUUUUUAGUUUCUUUUUCAUAUCCUUCUAUUCCUUGCUGGUUGUAGAUUUUUCACCAAACCAACCUGUGGUUCCUUUAGUAGCUUCCUCAUAUUUUGG